AUGGGUUCUAUAUGUAAACAAGGUUAAAAAUCUUCGAAUGAAAAGGAAAUCUAAAGUGAAAUUUAGUUAACUCAUUCUAAAGAAUAAUAUGAGGCAAGACAUAAUAGUGUUAGCAACUAAUAUAAUUGUUAAAGCACAAGGUAAUUAACAUUUCGAAAUGAUUUUGCCUCAAAAUUUAUUAGUUUGAGUUAAUCAUCUGAUUCAGAACCAAAUUAAGAUAAUGAUCCUGGGGAUAAAAGAUCAUUUUUCUCAAACUUUUAGACGUUUUAGGCAAUGCCUUCUCAAAAAUCCUCGAAAUUAGUUUCUCCUCAAUUCACAUUUUUUGCAGAUGAAAACUCAAUUGAGAAUUAGUUCCAAAAGAAACUAUAAACUAGAUAAUUAGAGUGA